AACGUCAAAGUGGCGGGAAAAUCCCUGUCAUUUUUGUUUGUUGUUAUUCUUCGUUGGGGUGAAUCUGUCAGCUGUUGGAAAAAUGUUUUUCGAAAGAAGUUUCUUCCCGGAUUAUUUUUCGAUAGAUGAUAUAAUGGCAUCACAGGAACGUGUUCCAUGUAAAUUCGAAGUGCAAGUGUUGCGCUUAGGUUUCCUCGAUCAGGGUUCCGAAAGUGAGCAUAUUAAUGCUGGUACUAAUAUGGAACUACCAUAUUGGUUGGCACGUGCCCUUGGCCAUCAAAGACAGAAGAUUGUAUCAGUGGACAUUCCAAAAGUGUAUAAGGAAGCAUACAGGGAAAUUCUCAAGGCAGAUUCUUGUGUAGUAGAUCUCUACAAGUUUGGUGCAUAUUUUUACGAGUUUGGCAUCUACAUAUCACUUCUGGGACACCGUGAGGGUCCAGAAAUAAGGGAAAUUCUUGUAAAGACAUUUCGAGAGCGCCUGCGCCAGGUGACAGACUGGGCACAGAAUAUGGAAGCGGAGCCAGGAAGAAUUCUUCGCCUUGACACUCUCGAGCGAGGUCUGCUCCAUUCGGGGCAGAAAGCUCAUUGUCAACUGGAGGCGUGGCUGACGUCUGGGGCUGGAGGCCUUGUUGCCUCGACAAUGGUUGUGCAGCACAAGAAAAGACGCCUUGCGAUGGAGAACCAGAUAUAGAAGACUGUUUCCGUCAUCACACUAGUAUGUUGUAGCAUCAGCUGGAGGGGGGGGGGGGGGAGGCUCCCAAUAUCCUUAGUUGUGUAUUACUCCUUGUACUAUGUUGUCCAUGUAAAUAAAACCAAUAUUUAAUUAGUAAUUGAUUAAGGUAAGAAAACAAAAACUAGAGAUGGAUGUGCAACUUUUUAGCUAUUUUUAGACAAAAUAACUUCUUAGUGUUAGUUAAUGUAAGUAUUUGAGCAGUUCUUACAUUCGUAAACUGUGAUAUGUAAUCUAAAUUGGCUGUCAUAAAUUUAAAUAGUUUUGGUCAUCAACUGUGCAUCGUUUUGGAUGGUGCAAUUGUACAGUCAAACGUCAUUUUAAGCUUAAUGUAUGUACUUUCAUCACUGCACCUGCCUGAAAAGAAGACAUCUGUUGAAAGCUAAGGUACAUAUCCGUGCCUCAUCAGAAUUUUUUCAGCAGAUUAUUUAAAUUCUGUUAUUUUCAAAUGGAGAAUUAGGAUACCUUAUUUUAGUGUUACUGCUCACUUUCUUCACUUUUAUAUUGUUGCCAUGAAUGGGCAUGUUGUAAACAUGUACUGUAUUACUGUCUACUGUUAGCAUUUAAAACCAACUGAGCUAUAAUAAGUUGUUGUUUUUUUUU